UGGCACUGAAAUUUGAGCUCUGUUCCAUUGCAGAUGCUGUUCCCUGUGCUUCUGGCCAUGCAGGACACUAUGGGGGCUAUGUACUGUGUGGUCGUUUCUUCACUGGGUCUGCUCAGCGGCCCCUUCUGUGACGCGGGCAGUGAAAACUACACCUACCCUUUCAGGAAUAACACCCUGGAGGGCAACUACUUACUCAACCAGCCCACCUGGGCCACCUGCCGGGAGCCUGAGCAUAUCGUCCUCUGGAAUGUGGUCUUGCUUUCCAUCCUUCUGGGCAUCGGUGCGGUGGAAGCCGUGCUUUGCCUUAGCCAACUUGCCAGUGGACUCUGUGACAUCUUCUGUGGUACAUGCAUCAGAAAAGGCCAGAGCCGCCUUAGCCCCUCCAAACUUGAAUUCUCCUCAGCUCAGCAAGGUCGCCACGUUCUGCUUGGAUUCUGCCCCCUGCACCACAGUCCGGAAAACACUUCUGGGCAGCAAGCUGGGCCUUCUUCUGGCACCCCUUACUGCUGCCACCCUGGAGCAGCUGGCAGAAGAGAACGGGGAUUUGGCCCCAGAGCCAAGUACAACAGAUCCCCCUCAUCCAAGCCCCCUCAUCCAUCCCCCACAUUCCAAGACCCCCAGCGGAUGCUUGAAAUGGCAGAUAGUACCUGUAUACACUGUUUUUUCCUGUACAUGCAUACCAAUGAUAAAGUUUAA